ACACAAUCACAUGCGCGUAAACCCGACAGUUACUUCCGCCUUGAGGAGGCAUGAUGUCAUAUGUCAGAAGUAUGGGUUUAACAACGGUGUUAAGUGUACAGAGUAUGAGAUGUCAAAUAUUUAGAUCGGUGCGUGUCAGCAAUUCACACAUCUUUAACACGAGAGAAGCUAACACAUGCGCAGUGCUUUCACAGAGCAACACACUGUUUAGGAGAUGUUGGACAGCACCACGUGUGUCUCUUAUAAGCAUACGGACACUGUCCACACUACCUCCUUCACCCUCAUCUGGACAGAACAAAUCCAGCGACAAAAAGACUGGCCCAGUGACUUGGAAAUCUCUUGCUAUCACAUUUGCGUUGGGAGGAGGUUUACUUUUGGGGAUGAAGUACUUAAAGAGAGAAAAAGAAGAAAGGAUUGAGAGGGAAAGAACUAAGUCAAUAGGAAGACCAGCACUAGGGGGUCCAUUCUCACUAGUGGACCACAACAAUAAACCCGCAAAGAGUGAAGAUUUCCUCGGCAAGUGGGUUCUGAUCUAUUUCGGAUUCACACACUGUCCAGAUAUUUGUCCUGAUGAGCUGGAGAAAAUGAUUGAGGUCGUAGAUGAGAUUGACAGAAUUAAGACGCUUCCAGAUUUAUUACCAAUUCUCAUCACAAUUGAUCCGGACAGAGACACAACAGAGGCGAUGUCAGCUUACGUCAAAGAGUUUUCUCCAAAUCUGAUCGGCUUGACAGGCACAACUGCUCAAAUCGAACAAGUGUCCAGAGCCUACAGAGUGUACUACAGCCAGGGCCCUAAAGAUGAAGACAGCGACUACAUAGUUGAUCACACCAUCAUUAUGUAUCUGGUGGGACCUGAUGGUCAAUUCUUGGAGUAUUUUGGACAGAACAAAAAAUCUUCAGAGAUCUCAGCAUCCAUUGCGUCCCACAUGAGGAAGUACAAAUAGUGAAAAUGAUGUGCUGUGAUGCUCUGAGGUGUAGAGAGGUCAAAGGCCACACUCUUCACAAGAUGUCUCGGACUGAAGGAAGUGCUUUCUUUCUUCUGUGAAAUGUGUUGUUUAUUUAAAGCUUAACUCCGAUUUAAUAAGUCACUUCCAGUUUAACACAGUAACUUGACCAUUGCUUUUUAUUUCUGUAAACAGUAUUGGUUUUCAAAUGACUCAACUUGAAUAAAUUACAAUGUUUUGUUUGUCA